AUGCACAUCCUGGGCCGCCCCCAAAAAGAGCCCAAAACAAGCGUCAAAUUGACACCAUAUGUGCAGGUCGUCAACGACGAUGGUCCACCUAACGAGAGGCUCUCCCCGUACAUCCGUCCAUUAGUCGACGAGCUCCAGGCCGCCGGCCACCUCGUCUCCGUCGCCAUUCCCGCCUCCUCCCGCUCAUGGAUCGGUAAAGCUCAUCUCAUCGAGGCCGAAUUGACAGCCACCUUCGUGCAUCCAGAUUCCUUCGGCCCGGACGGCUCCUGGGACGAGUCCUUCACCCCGCCAAGCGAUGACCUGCAGCCCGAAUGGGUCGUCAUCCAGAACGGUACUCCUGCCAGCUGCGCCCAGUUGGGGCUGUAUAACCUCUUCCCUGACCGGCCCCCGGUCGACCUUGUCGUGUCCGGGCCUAACCACGGCCGCAACGCCUCCACGAUCUACAACCUGUCCUCGGGGACUGUCGGCGGCGCGCUCGAGGCCGUCUUCUGCAGUAAGCGCGGCAUUGCGAUCUCGUUUGGAAGUAAGGACCCGCAGACGGACGAGGUUAUCGCGGCGGCGGCCCGCUUGGCGGUGCGCAUCGUGGAUCAUCUGUGGAGGAAUUGGGAUGAGCGCGUGGAGCUGUAUAAUCUGAAUAUUCCCAUGCGCGAGGACGUAGAGUCUAGGCCUGUGUGCUAUACUCGUACGCUGCCGUAUUACUGGUCCCGUGGUUGUUUGUAUGCCGAGGCUGGGGAGUCAAAGAAGCUGGCGAAUGGGGCCGCGAACGGCGUCAAUGGGGUCAAUGGGGUCAAUGGGGUUAAUGGGCAUGCGGCGCCUAAGCUGAGGCAGCGCCAAUUUAAGUGGUCUGCUGAUUUAUCUGAUAUGAAGAAGAGGCUGCAGGAGAGCGAGGAGGGCACCGAUGCGCAUACGGUGUUGAAUGGGUCAACAAGUGUGACUGCUCUGCGUGCCAAUUUCUGGCAUGUUCCUGAUCUCGACGGGCCCUUGUAUCUAGAUAAGUAG